AUGUCGGACGGAAGAGUUUACGAUAUUGUAGUUUUUGGGGCAUCCGGAUUUACGGGGCAGUAUGUCGUUGAGGAGAUUGUGAGGACAAUCGGUGAGGAACACGGAAUUGGCAAAUGGGCGAUCGCUGGCCGUGAAAUGAAGAAACUCCAGCAAAUUCUCAGCUUUGUUUCUAAAGUUACAGGCCAGGAUGUCACAGAGUUGCCAAUCAUCAUAGCAGAUGUCAAGAGUGAACAGAGUUUGUUGGACAUGUGCAGACAGACCAAAGUUCUCCUCAACUGUGUGGGCCCAUACAGAUUUUAUGGAACAGCUGUUGUCCAGGCCUGCAUUGAAUCAGGGACUCAUCACUUUGACAUCAGUGGAGAAACUGAGUGGUUAGAAAAGAUUCAAUUGCACAUGGACAAGGAGGCGAGAAACAGGGAAGUCUUCGUAGUGCAGGCAUGCGGGUUCGACAGCAUCCCUGCCGAGAUGGGAAUCCAAUACACCAAACAGCACUUCUCCGGUGAAUUGAACUCAGUUGAGUCGUUUGUGAAAAUGCAAUUUGGACCUGAGGGCGGAUCAUUCAAUGAUGGUACAUGGAAGUCAGCGAUUCACAGUUUGUCUACCAAGUCAGAUUUAAGGUCAAUUAGGGAGAUGAUUUAUCCGCAGGCUUUGCCUGAACCCAAAUACAAGUUGAAGAAGAGAUCCUUGCUGUCCUAUUGCAAGGAGGUGGGUGGUUACUGCUUGCCCUUUCUUGGAACAGACAAACCUAUCGUCCAGAGGACCAACUACUUCAACUACAUUACAAAGAAAAUUCAACCCAUACAAUUCUACCCGUACAUAGCGGCCUCUGGGGUGGGGACCCUAAUCUCCUGGCUCUUUAUUGGGGUCAUGCUGUUCGUUUUCUCCAAGUUCAAGUUUGGCAUAUACCUGCUGGAGAAUUAUCCAAGGAUAUUUUCUCUUGGUAUGUUUACAUCGAACGGGCCAACCAGAGCUCAGGUGAAAGGAAGCACAUUUGAGAUGACCUUCAUUGGGGAGGGUUACUCAACAAAAUCUGAGAAGGAGCCAACAACAUCAUCAUCACCUGAUAAGAAGAUCAUAACUAAAAUUGUUGGACCAGAUCCAGGAUACAUUGCUACUCCCAUAUGCCUGGUUCAAUCUGCUUACAUACUUUUAAAAGAGAGAUCCAAGCUCUCUAGCCAGUGUGGCGUGUUUACACCGGGAAGAUUGUUCAGUGAAAGUUCGUUGAUAGAAAGACUGCAGAAGCAUAACAUCAUCUUUUCCACUAUCCAAGAGUAACGAUGAUAAUAAAAAUAACGACGUAAUAAUGACGUCAUAGAAGGGGAUGAUGAUGAUGAUGGUGAUGGUGAUGAUGAUGAUGUGGUGAGGGUGAUGAUGAUAGCGAUGACGACGAUGAUCAUGCUAAAGACAACGAUUGUUUAUUGAUGUUUUCUGCUGUGUUGGUUUAUCUUUUCGUUGUUGAAAUCUGCUUUAAAUGAUUUAAUUUGAAUUAUUGAUCAGCAAACACACUUUGCACCGAUAGAUACACGCCACACACACACGCACGUACACACACACCGCACACACAACCAGUUUUACUCAUGUACAAACAUUUUCGCUUGCUCGUAUUGUUUCAGUUAACGUUUAUAUUAGCCGUGAUCGAUUAUAAUUGAUGAGAAUUCCAUCUGAUAAUGAUGACACUUUAUUAUUAUCAUUAUUGUUGUUAUUUAGAUUAUUAUUAUUAUUAUAACUAAAAAUUCCUCACAUGAAAUAAAAUUCCUUCUCAGAUUGGUGCAUGUUUAGACAAUUUUUGUAUGUUUUUAAGAAAAAUUUUUGCUCGCUGUUAAACAUUUUUAGUAGAUUCUGUUAGGUGCAUGCAAUUAUAUGAAUACGCAUACAUACAUACACACAUAUACUUACACAAGCAUACAUACAUACAUACAUACAUACAUAGAUACAGAACAUUUAACUGUUUAACACACAUCAAUGAUUUGGUUUUCAUACAUUCAUACAUACAUACACACACAGACACACACACACACACACACAGAUACAUUAAAUUAUAAUAGAAACUGGAACAUCUACUAAUUCCAUUCGCCUAUAUUAAUUUUCAUGGAAGUUUCAUUUUAGAAUAUAUUUUUUUUUCCUAUGCACAAAAACACAUACAAACACACAUGUACAUUUAUGUACGCAUAUAAAUACAUACAUUUGUACGGCUAUAUGUACAUGUAUAUAUUAUUCUAUUUGUUGUUUUUCUUUCAUUCUUUCCUUCAUUCAUUCUUACACGCAAAUGUAUACAAUCACGAAAUGGCUUAAACGAAAGUUGCAUCAUUCGGCUAUACUGUCACUCCUUACAUGCAAGCAGGAGAAAAAGUUAAUCAGUUGGUAGUUGCAAGAACUGAGACGAGAAAUUUUUUAAAAUCAGCGCUAUGUAUAUUAACAUUAAUAACAAUAUUAAUAACACAUGCACACACGCGUGUGUACACACACACAUAAACGUGUACACUUAGUUUAUAGUACCAAUUUGUACACGCUUUUUUCUUUGCUUAGAUUUCGCAUCUUUUCCGGUUAAUGAAAAACUUUUGUGUUUGAUAUUUUUUAUAAUUUAAUUUCAUAUUUGAUUUAUUUUUUUUCUGAAAUAAGGAAUAACAAGAGAAAAAUAAAUUUCAAUUGGUUUAUUAAAACGUUAUAAAAUAAAUGUCAGCACAUAAA